AUGGACCCCCAGCAGGCAGAUGGCGAGUCCGUCUCCGGGAUCAAUGAAUGGAAGAAGAGGGCGCCGUAUAAGAUCCACGACAAGGGCGAGGACUUCAAAGCCCUGUAUGAUGCCAAUUGCCAUUGUGGGAAGGUCAAGUAUGAGCUCUCGCGCCAGGAGCCAUUGGAUUCGAAGCUUUGUCAUUGCAGUACUUGCCAGCGCCAGCAUGCCGCACCGUUCCAAUGGGCUGCAAUCUUCCAUAAAGAAGACAUCAACUUCCUGCAAGGUCACCACGACCUAGAAUGGUACGACCCGACCGCGAAAUCAAUAGAGCACAAAUUGCCCUGCAAAGUGCGCUGCUCUUUCUGCCACUCCCCGAUCAUGGACGAGGGUCGGAAUAUGAUUCUGCUCUUUCCGUCUUUAGUCAAUUUCAAGAGCAAGGAGGAUAGGGAGCUGUUCAAGCCAAGAUGUCACAUGUUCUACGGUCAGCGCGUUAUGGAUAUUCCUGACGGCCUACCGAAGUGGACUGGAAUCAACAAUGAGAGCGAUUUGAUCGAGGAUAGUCCUCCUGAGAAGGUCAAGGAACUUGAACGGAGGAGAGAGGAAGAGCGCGAGGAACGGUUUAAGAAGGGGGAGAACAAGUAG